AUGGAGAAGUUGUUGAAUGCUUGGAACAAAUCUCUAUCAGAUUAUCCACCUAUGCCAAUGCCAGAUGAAAACAACGAUUUGUUUUCCGGUAACAGGUUAUUGUUCGAGGAGAUGUCAUAUGAUAGGGAAGCUCUAUUGCAUCAACAUAAUUCGUUGCAUCCGAAACUAACCGAUGAACAGUUAGUCAUAUACAAUAAGGUGAUGGCAGAUGUUGAGACAGAGAAAGGUGGAAUGUAUUUCGUUUAUGGUUAUGGUGGGACAGGAAAAACAUUUUUGUGGAGGACUAUUUCAGCAGCUGUACGGUCCAAGGGCGAGAUAGUUCUAAAUGUAGCAUCAAGCGGUAUAGCUUCGUUGCUGCUGCCUGGUGGUAGGACUGCACAUUCCAGGUUUGCUAUACCAAUUGCUGUUAAUGAGGACUCCACUUGCAACAUCAAGCAAGGCAGUGCGCUUGCUGAAUUGAUAAUCAAAUGCAAACUCAUAAUUUGGGAUGAAGCUCCGAUGAUGCACAAACAUUGUUUUGAAGCAUUGGACCGAACAAUGAGAGAUUUAAUGCGUUUCAAGAACUCAAGGAGCUCAUCAAUGACAUUUGGCGGGAAAACAGUGGUGUUGGGUGGAGACUUUAGACAAAUUUUACCCGUUAUCCCAAAAGGUACUAGACAAGAUAUUGUUCAAGCCAGUAUUAAUUCAUCUUACUUGUGGAAUAAUUGUGAAGUUCUGCGUCUAACCAAGAAUUUAAGAUUGCAAGGGCUUACUAAUGAAGAUGAUGUUCAAAAGUUAGAUAGUUUUGCCAAAUGGAUUGCGGAUUUAGGUGAUGGUAAUCUUGGUGAAGACAAUGGUGUUGAUUGCAAUAUAAUGAUACCGUCUUCAUUUGUAUUAGAAAACGAGGUUGAUCCUAUUAGGCAAAUUGUUGAAAGCACAUUUCCUGACUACCGUACUGGGAACAUGGAUGAAAGUCAACUGGAGAAUAGAGCUAUAUUAGCUCCAACCUUAGAUGUAGUUGAUGAGGUCAAUGAAUACAUGAAUGGUAUUAAUCAAGCUGCUUCAAUGACAUACUUGAGUUGUGAUUCUGUUUGCAAGGCAGAUUCAAACUUUGAUAUGCAAUCCCAAGUACACACAACAGAAUUUUUAAAUAGCUUGAGGUGUUCGGGUGUACCAAAUCACUCUCUAACGUUGAAAGUUGGAACUCCAGUUAUGCUGUUGAGAAAUAUAGAUCACUCUAUGGGGUUGUGCAAUGGUACAAGGUUAAUAGUAACACAGUUGGGAAAUCAUGUUAUCGAGGGAAAAAUUAUAGCUGGGAAUAACGCAGUUUCUUGGGUCAGUAAUCCAGAUGGUCUUAAGAGCCUCAGUCCUCCAACUAGGAGAAGAGGGCGUAAACCAAAUUCUUUGAUAAUGCCAGAGGAAGGGUAUGGUGACACUUGGAUCAGUGUCGAAGGAAAAUCUGAUAAAACACCCUGCAAAGGGAAAGUGAGCAAAAAAAGAAUUGCUCGUCCUCGUAAACAUUUGGUUUCUAAGGGAUCACAUUUUACAUCAGGUAUGAGUGAGGCUGAGAUCUUAAAGCCUACCGCAUCUCAAAGUCUCAACACUAUUGAAGAGGAAAACAAACCAAGUGACGGUGAAUAA